GAUGUAAUCGCACCUAUUUCGGAGAAGCUGGAAAAACGUACGAUUUGGAACUACAUCGUCCAAAAGAAGACAAGAUACCGUUCAUCUGUCACCUGACGUUCACGGCUGGAGGAGACGAAUUCGGCGAGCUCGUCCAGUUUAGGACCUUAUUGCAUUCGAGAGAGCGACUAUGGUGCAUAUUAAUUUCCACUCGAUGGUGUAAAGAGCAAUUCCGGUCGUUCCGGAAAGGAAAGAGCUUCACACACGUGCGACCCGAACAGAUGCCGAUCAAAUUUAACAUACGGCGAAAGCCCGAAAUUUGCAUUUCAUGAAACAGCGCCGUUUUUUAAUGCCAAGUAAGACGCUUCCUAAUCAAAAGCCACUCUUGAAGUGUUUCCGGGCCGGGAAACGGCUUUUGUUUAUGGGAAAAUCAACUCGACUGUUCAAUUCAAGUUAGCAAAUUGGAGCAAAUAGUUCGAGCUAAUCAUCUUCUUCGAAUUCCCCCUCGUUAUCUCAUUGAUAUCGCCCGGAAAUGUCAUUCAUUAAUAUGCAUGAAUCGGGAUAAACUUUAGCUAUUAUGGCCACCCUUCAGCAAACUUUGCAUCCCACCCGAAAAAUUAACCGUUUCAGACGUGUGACGAUUAAUUAAAAGCCUCGAAAAGUCAGGUCGAGGUGAACAAACUCCCUUUUCAUUCGAAAAUGGAAACAUCUCAUGGGAGCCGCGUUAUUCAUUUGUAAAAAAGGAGUCGUCGACGUCUGCGUUGAAAUUCCAUCAGACUGACUCGUAUUUAUCUGGGGAUUUUUGAGGACUACACCAGACGAUUUAAAUGCGCAACGGCGAUUGCCGCAACUGAGAUUAAAAUUCUCCGGAAGCGCCGCAUUACAUACAUCCUGCACCGGUCCACCGCAGGCACGCGAGGACUGUUUGUGUCAACUUGCAUCUCGCCGACCGUUUCCACAUUUUUACACAAACCAAACCGAAGAAAUCAAACGCAAAAGAAUCCUUUUGUACGAGAAACAUCUCGCAAGAAUUAUCCAAAGAAGCGGUUUCAAGACGGGCAAAAACAAACGCAACGUCUUGCAUGAUUAGUCAAACAGAUAUGGCAACAAAAGUCAAUUGUUCCCCCCUAAGUGUAGUUUGAAACUAAACUAUUUCUAUUUUAUUAGAAACUGGAUUCGAAUUCACUGGAAAUGGUUAUUUUAAAUGGAAAAAUGUCUCUUUCAGUUGACGUUCGACAGUUUCACGUUGGGUCGUUUCGUGUCUUUCACGUCCGACGGUUGUCCAGACGGUGCCUUACAAAUAACGGAAUCCAACAGGCCCCAAGUAGGAGGAUCGUGGUGCGGGACGUCAUGGGGCCCCGCCAUCUAUUACAGCGAAACGAAAAGUGUUACGAUUUAUGUUAAUCUUCUUCGUCUUUCUAAAGAUCAGAACGGAUAUAACUUCGACUUUCGUAUGGAAUACAAGUUUCUCCGGAAAAAACUGGCAACUGUUCGAUACGGUGGAGGUCAGCCAUUCGUGAAUACAACGGCGCCCUCAGUUGAGCCCGAACCCGAAUACUACUUGGGAGAUUUAAUAACGGGUACAUAUUGUUCCCGAAUUUUCAGCGACUGUGAUAGGAAGCACUGCCGUCUCCAGUCCCCCAACUUUCCGGGGGUUUACCCGCGCAAUUUAACCUGUUAUUACGCAGUGCGUCAGCACGAAAUUCCUCCGGGUAAACACGCCCUCAUCAUUGUACGUCAACUAAAAGGCCAACUGAUCUCAAUACGAAGCCAAUCAGCUCUCUACGGUACCGCGAGCACCCGCGAACUCAAACUCUGGAACGACUGUGACGACGUCCAAGACUACGUCACCAUCUACGACGGUUACACGACCCGGGACCCCGUCAUUUUAAAAUUUUGCGGCGGCGGCGAAGCCGUCCCUGAAGCCGUCUCCAGCGGUCACGAACUCCUCGUCGAAUUCUCAACGUCGCCAUAUGGGACGUUCCUCUACCCAGCCCCAGCUCAAGCUCUCCACGGCUUCCAGCUGGAAGUUGAAGUCAAGUUCGUCGAUCAGCAAUCCCCGACUUACGUCAAAACGAAACGCCAAUGCGAGUUCUCUUUGAGAGGAACUAACAAAGGGGUUUUGGAGAGUCCUUUGCAUUCCUUGCCGGCAAACACCACCUGCCUCUAUCACCUACAAGGCAUCGACACUUCAGUCUCCCCAUCCCCGAUCCCUUUCCGGCCUCUUUCUUCCCGUUAUCCCGACUGGAGGCACGCCGGGAUGAUCCUCCCGCCGCCUCGUUACCGCGUCUGGCUCUCCAUCGUCAAAUUCCACGCGUCUGGGCCUCGCGACCCGCAAAAGCCCGACCAGGAGUUGUGCAGAAGCUAUCUGAACGUGUGGGAUGGACAACUGUGGGCACCCUCCAACUGCAACGAUCUCUUCUGCGGUGGCAGAGAUAAAUCGAAAAGCAUUCCCAGAACGAGUUUAUCGGGCUCUUCAGCCGCCAAGAAAAAGAACGUGACGCUAUUGGCGCGAUACUGCAGGGAGCACGUGCCUCGAAGCUGCGACCAUUCACUCCUAGCUAAUUCGACGAGGUUCCCUAGGCCUUGCAGCCUCGCUGAAAGUUUCCUCACGUCAGGGGAUAGUCUCACCCUGGAGUUGAAGUUGGCAGACUCGACGGCACUCAGACCCGUGCAGUUUCGGGCCUUGUACGAAUUCGUCGAUUUGCACCUCGACGGGGAACCCUACGGACCCGGACCGUGUUCCAGAAGGUUCAGUAGUUUGAAUCAGGAUGGGCCUCAGAAAUUUCGCUCGCCCAGGGAUAUUUUUCUUUACGGGAGAGGUGGAGCAAAAAACAUAAGUUGCGUGUAUCGCUUUGAAGCUCAGAAGGACGAAAGGAUAAAGAUAACUUUAACAAGUCUGACUAUCAAAAAUCGCGAUUGCAAGACGAAAUUAAGUAAAGACACGGAUCGUCUCGAGUGUUUUGGGAAUACGACAGCUACAGUUCGUCUCUUUGAGAUUCCAUGGAUGGACGUACCAGGCGUUCCCCGCGACUGCCUUUGCUCGCUCGACAAGGAUAAACUGUUACCGUUCAGUUACGUUUCCACGUCUAACGUCGUCGAAUUGCGUUUCGACGUGACCGGCAUGAACGCAUCCGACGAUUUCACUACUUUGUCGUUCGAGGGCACAUGGAAGUUGAUACAAACCCCCGUAUGCCCUAGUAAUUUACGGAUGAAGGGACCGAGCGGAGAACUAGCUUUCAUCUACCCGAACAAAUCACCGCAGGAAACCAACUGCGAGAACAGUCCUCGUGUGAUAAUUCCAUCGCCAAACAAGUAUCUCUACGUGAAGAUCAGCGGCGUGAUAAUGAAACAUUCGAGCCGACUAGGCGAUGGCGCAUCGAGGAGCGUUUCUCCCGUGAGAUGCGGAACCUCUAAUCGGAUUAAGGUACACACGGCCCUUUAUUCAGCUCUCAUAUGUCCCUACAGCUCCUCGUCGCGAAGCAAUCUCGUUGAGGUUUUCUCCGAAGGGUGGAGCGUAGGCAACGUCGACGGACACUCGGUCGGAAACAUGGCGCUAGACAAGAUCGAAAUCGACCGACUGGGAAAAGAGCUCCCGAGAUCGAUCGUCGUCGAGUUUAUUGGGAAAGAAGAGGGCUCCUACUCCGUCAUGUGGCUCGAACUCGGCCGAAGACGCGAUGUGCCGCCCAACGGCAUGGGCCUCUUCCUGCUCAAGCCCGACGAAUGCCAAUACCGCUGUCCAGAGCUGGACGCUUGCAUCAAUGCCACCGUCUGGUGCGACGGCAUCGAAGACUGUCCUUCCGGCAUCGACGAAGCUCUCACUCACUGCUCCAUAAUCCUGCAAUUGCCGCCUCUUUAUCUCUUUUUGGGCGCUUGUGGGAUCCUCAUUUCGAGCUUCGCCACCUGUAUGGCCGUGUGGAAAGCUUGUCGUCGAAGACCGCGUUCGAUACUCCAGACGCGUCUGAAGAGUCUUUCAUCUGACACUGCCAUCAUCGACGAAAAGGGAGUGAUUUGCUGACACAGCGACAAUUCUGUGCGUUAUGUCGAAGUCGAUCGCGUCACAACCGUGUGACACGUCGAAAUCGACCUAAAACACAGAAUUGAUAAACGGACUUUUAUACAUUUCGUAAUUUAGAAACGGACCAAGCAAAUUAAGCGAAUUUCUUAGCGUUGUGAUUACGAUAGGCGUACCUGGUAGAGGAUUGAGGGUAGGGCUUUUUGCGAAUCGUGGAGUGAGCUUUUUUUAAUUAAAACGCAUUCGUUACUAAACACACUUUUAUUUUCAUAACAGAAAGGACGUGACGCAAAUCUUUUGGCACUGUACUGACGAGUACAAUGACUGAUCACACGUUUUGUAUAUAGUACUUAGGUAAAUCAAAAAAUUUAGCGAAUUUCUCAAAUUUGGUAGGUAAUAAAGAGCGUACCGAGAUUACGUGAGUAGUCGAGCUUUACUUCUAUUUUGACAAUUUUUAGUGUAAUCGAGGUAACGCUGAAAUAUUUUCAGCUGAAAAUAAUUACGAAAAUGCAUAUCAAAUAUGCUGAAAAUGCUUAAAGUUCACUGCCAUAACUGUGGCGAAAACAUCGUUUUAUUCUUUUGCUCGAUUUUUCGAAAUGACGACUUGAGUUGAAUUUUUGUUAAACGCACAAGUUAUAAAAUUCAUAUCAAAAUUUUACACCAAAAAAUCGUUGAUUUCAUUUCUGCAAUUGUUACGAUAACAUUGUUUCAACUUUUAUUAUAGUGUUUAAAAACAAUAUCUUGUAGUGUUGUUGAAAAAAUAGAAAAAAUUCCUAGUAAACACGAUUUUCAUUGUACAUAACUUCCAUUAAAAAAGUCUUUUGAAUACGUAUAUGGAGCUAUUUUAAGUGGUAGCACAAGUUGGUCAGGUGAACUGACAAUAAAGUAGAUGAAUUUAAGUAACAAUAAAUCUAUGACUAGAACGAAAAUUUUGUUACAAAAGUAAGCAGAGAAGAGUUAUAUUGACGAGUGUGUUGUGACUGUUAAAUCUACAAUAUAGAAAAAUAAACUAUUUUAAAAAAAGGCCAAAA